AUGACCGAAGAAACUAAAAAAGCACAAAUUUAUCAUGAUGCAUAUGGCUCAUACACAUCAUCUCCACCAUUACCUCCAGUUCCUCCUUUUCCAUGUCAUACUGAUCCUUCAUGUACGGCAGCCAAUCGUGUGUGCGACAAACAUAAACGUGUUUUGUACGUAAAAACGAUCGCUGGAGAGACCUUUGAAAUUCCUUAUGGCAAUUGGGAAAACUGGUUAUGGUAUAAACAACACAUUAGUGAACAUAAAGGAAUACCAUUAGAAGACAUACGAUUGAUUUUUGCUGGUACAGAUCGCGAAGAUUUGAAGCGACACAGCGGAUUACAAUAUGGAAGCACAAUUCACAUGGUUCUACGCAAACGUGCAGAUGAUCCACCAGAAACUUCGUAA